AAAAAAAACACAAAACCCUAGUUAGACACAUUUAUCACUGUCGUUUAUAUACCUUGUCGUCUCCAACAAAAUUAGGGCUUCUUGUUCAAUUUCACAAAUCUUCGCAUACCCUAACUUCAACCAUGGUUGCUGCAAAGAAAACCAAGAAGACCCAUGAGUCUAUUAACAACAGACUCGCUCUUGUGAUGAAGAGUGGGAAGUAUACUUUGGGGUACAAAACUGUUCUCAAAUCUCUCAGGAACAACAAAGGGAAAUUGAUUAUCAUUGCUAACAAUUGCCCACCAUUGAGGAAGUCCGAGAUUGAGUACUAUGCUAUGUUGGCGAAGGUUGGAGUUCAUCACUACAACGGGAACAAUGUGGAUCUUGGUACUGCUUGCGGAAAAUACUACAGAGUGUGCUGUCUCAGCAUUGUUGAUCCUGGUGAUUCUGAUAUCAUCAAGACCAUACCUGGAGACCAAUAGAGUUGUUGUAUCGAAUCCUCGAUUUUGGUCCUUUUUGAAACAAAACUGGCUGUUUUCUGUUUGUUUUUCUUUGCUUAUCAAAAUUUAUGUGUACUUCUGGAAGUAUUUGGAUAUUCGAGUAUUAUGAUAAGUCGACUGCGAUUUUUUCUUCAAAAUAGUUUAAUGAUCUACAUAAUUUUGCAA